AUGGCAAGCCUCUUACAGCCCGUUACAAUCGGCGAUAAGCUGCCCCUGAGGAACCGUGUGGUGAUGGGCUCGAUGACCCGCAACCGCUGCAUCGACAACAACAAACCCGGCCCUGCGCAAGUGAAGCACUACUCCGACAGAGCCAGACACGGCGUCGGCCUUAUCAUCAACGAAGGAACCUUUGUGGACUGGACUGGUUGCGACUGGAUGCACUCGCCCGUCAUGAUUGACGAGAGCCACGCUGAUGCCUGGCGGAAGGUAACUGAUGCUGUGCACGAAGAAGGAGGGAAGAUCUUCUUUCAGGCGUGGCAUGCAGGCCGCAUACAGCAUGACCAAAUGCCAAUCAUGCUGGAAAAGGAUCGACCUGUUUUAGCACCGUCAAGGAUUAAGGCUGAAGGUGGGAAAUACCGUGACAUUCCGGGCUGUCCUGGGCAUACAAAUAAUAUCCAAGCCAUUAAGGAUCCUCGGGACGUCAUCGAAACGUACCGGCACUCAGUCAUGCUGGCUAAGAAGGCGGGCUUUGACGGUGUCGAGCUGCUGGCGCAAGGUGGAUACCUCCCCCAGCAGUUUCUCAACUCCCGCGCCAACAAACGAACCGACGUCUACGGCGGCUCCGUCGAAAACAGAUGCCGUUUUACCCUCGAGCUCGUCGACGCCCUCAGCUCUGUAUUCGGCAGUCCAGAGGCCAUCUGCGUCAAGAUAGACCCAACAGACAUCUACAACGACUCCGUCGUGACCUUCGACGAAAUGAAAGAGACAUACACGUAUCUGAUCAAAGCCCUCGUCGCACGCAAAGUGGGGAUCAUCAACAUCACCCGCCGCGGUGCAGAUACCAGUGCCGGGAAGGCCCAGAGGCCGGAAGGGUAUCCUUUACCUGCUGGCUACGACCCUGUCCUCGACUUCGGCCCGCUGGUCAAAUACCCCGGUAGCCCGACCCUGCUGAUGGCAAACUACGAUUAUACCGUUGAGGAGGCGGAUACUUUGGUCAGCGAGGGUAAACUUGACCUCAUAUCCUUUGCAAGGGCGUUUAUCUGUAACCCUGAUGUCAUCUCGCGUAUCAAGCACGGUAUCCCCUUUGCGCAUAAUGAUCGAGGCAGCGUCGUGCACUAUGGGCCCUACAGAACUCCCGAUGAGAAUUACAACGAUUGGCCUGCUGCAGUCAUUGAAGCAUAA